AUGAAUUUUGACUUGCCAGAAGAAUUAAAGUCCCAUAUCCAAUCUCUGGAUUCUUUUAUCAACUCCACCAUCCUUCCCCUCCAGCACUCUGACGAUAAUAAUCGGUUCUUUGACUAUAGACGGGAACAUUCACGAACAGACUGGGAUAACAAUGGCAACCCACGACCAGAGUGGGAGGCGUUGUUGAGUCAAGCUCGCCAACUGGGCGAUGAGGCAGGCUUCUAUCGAUUCGCGCUCCCAAAGCAAUAUGGAGGCCAAGAGCACCCCAACACGAAUCUUUGGAUGGCCGCCAUCCGGUAUCACCUAGCCUCACAUCCUACCUACGGUGGAGGCCUGGGACUGGCAAAUGAUUUACAAAAUGAGCAUAGCGUCGUGGGGAAUUUCCCCGAUAUCUACAUGAUCCAUCACUUCGGGAGCGAAGAGCAACGCCACACCUUGAUUCCCGCUCGCCUGCGCGGUGAAUUCCGUUCAACCUUCGGGCUGACAGAGCCAGACCACGGGAGCGACGCAACAUUCAUGUCCACCGUGGCUCGUCGCGCACGUAGUGGAUUCGAAAUUACCGGGGUGAAGAAGUGGCAAACUGGUGCACACCACUGUACUCAUCUUAUUGUUUUUGCACGGACUUCUGGUUCGUCUGGGUCUGCGAAAGGCAUUACUGCCUUCCUUGUCCCACGGGAAACACCUGGUGUUAAGAUUCUCAGCUAUGAGUGGACAAUGAAUAUGCCGACGGAUCAUGCGACUAUCGAACUGGACCAUGUGUGGGUGCCAGAGUCUGCUAUUAUAGGAUCUGUGGAUAAUGGUUUGGCCAUUGCGCAGACGUUUGUACAUGAGAAUCGCGUCCGACAGGCGGCAAGUGCCUGUGGUGCCGCGAAAUUCUGUCUUGAAAAAAGCAUUUUACGUGCUCGUGGGCGCAAGAUUUGGGGAGAAGGCAAAAUACUGGCUGAAAAUCAGGCAAUACAAUUCCCAGUCGUGGAGCUUAUGACACAGGUGGAAAUGCUGCGAUUGUUUAUACUGAAAACGAGUUGGCAAAUGGAUCGCAUCGUUGCUGAGGGUCAUUUAUCAGGAAGCAAACGGCCACCGUGGGUUGAGAUUGAGCGAACACUUAGUGACCAGGUGUCGAUGUGUAACUUCUGGGCCAACAGAUUAUGCUGCCAGGCUGCCGAUCGAGCGAUUCAGAUCCAUGGUGGAGAUGGGUAUUCACGUCAUUAUCCAUUUGAGCAUAUCUAUCGGCAUUUCCGACGGUACCGAAUCACUGAAGGAGCAGAAGAGAUCCAGAUGCGAAAGAUCGCUGCGUACAUCUUUGGGUUUGCGGGUCCAAAGAAAAAGCAACUAGAGGCCGAGGAUAAGAUGAAGGCUAAAAUGUGA